AUGGAACGUGGCUGCUACAACUGCGGCGACUCUUCGCACCAGGCACGCGAUUGCCCCAAGAAAGGCACUCCAACCUGUUAUAACUGCGGAGCCGAAGGACACGUCAGUCGAGAAUGCACCGCUGCGCCUAAGCCAAAGUCUUGCUACAAAUGUGGGAAUGAAGGACACUUUGCCCGCGACUGCCCCCAGGCUGGUCCUCCUGGAGGUGCAGGAGGUGGCUGGGGUAGCAGCGGCGCACAGUCGUACGGCGGCGGCGGCGGGUCGUCUCGAGAAUGCUACCGUUGCGGAGGGCAGGGUCACAUAGCGCGUGACUGUACUUCCGGCGGCAGUGGCGGCGGGUUCGGUGGCGGAUUCAAUCGCGGCGGCGGGGGUCAGACCUGCUAUGUGAGAGAUCCUUGCUUCGACAAUGUUGAGAUCAUGACUGCACCCAGGGUCGGUCUCAGAAAUGCUACAACUGUGGCGAACAAGGUCAUCUCUCUCGCGACUGCCCAUCUGAGCCCAGCUCUGAGCGCAUCUGCUACAAAUGCAAGCAACCAGGACACUUGCAGUCCGCUUGCCCCAACUAGUUGA